UUAUUUAAUAGAACGUCAAAAUGGUAAAGUACAUUAGAGUUCAUAUGGUCCAACAUUUGUAAAUAGAAAAAGAGAUCCAAAAGGGGAAGUAAGUCUCAGGAAGAGUAUUGGUAACAGAGAAACACUUAUCUUCAAAGAAAAGGCCUGGAGUCUGGGUUUGAACAUCUUAGUUGAAGAGGCUCCCAUCUGUGUGACCUGGGGCUAGACUCUUAGCUUCUCUGGAAUAAUUUCCUUCUGUCUAAAAUGUUGAUAAAACUUACUUUAAGGGGCUGUUGUGACAAUUAAGUUAAGAUCAUGCAUGUAAAACUUGAACCUGUGCCUUGCUAAGCAUCACAAGUCAACUAUUAUUAUUGUUACCUCUGUAGGAGAAAGAUCUUUUUUGGCUCUCUUUCUACAAGAAAAACUGUUCUUUCUCUGGUGAGACCCCAUUCACAAGGUCGAAGUAGGACAGAAAGUGCUUUCAACUGCUCGGAGAUGGGCGCUGAGGAGCAAGAACCCAGCCAUCCUGGGCGGCAGAGCACAGCCCCCCUCGGCAAAACCCAUCUUCCAUUUCCUCUCCUUCCUUUUCGGGAAAACCAAGCUCCCCCCACGCGUUCUGUAAUCUUCUUUUCCUGCCUCACCAAGUCGCUGGCCCCUCUCUGGCUGCUCUGUGUGUUCUCUCGGUCGUGCGGGCCCCGCAGCAGCGAGGCGGCCGGGACUGGCGUGUCGCUCCCUCCACGCCCCAUUCUUCCCUCUGGUUCCAACCGGCCGCAGCUGCGUUCUGAAGCCCGGGCUCCCGCGGGCAUUGACGCGCUGGGGGAGGAGCGGUUUCUUGCUGCGCGCCUCUCAGGAGCAUUACGGCAGGGCUCGUUCCCGGCUCUCCGGCCGCCAGCCCCAGCCUCCCCGGUCCGGAGCUGGGACUGGCGGAGGCCGCGAGGGAGGGAGCGUGAGCGAGGAGGCACGCGCCCGCCCGUCCGCGCCCAGACCGCCGCCGCCGCCGCCGCCGCCUUAGCAGCCAUGGCCGAGCGCCGCGCCUUUGCCCAGAAGAUCAGCAGAACUGUGGCUGCUGAAGUCAGGAAGCAGAUCUCUGGACAAUACAGUGGUUCUCCCCAACUGCUCAAAAACCUCAACAUUGUUGGUAAUAUAUCCCAUCAUACCACAGUGCCCCUUACUGAAGCAGUGGAUCCGGUGGAUUUGGAAGAAUACCUCAUUACUCAUCCUUUAGCUGUGGAUUCUGGGCCUUUAAGGGAUUUGAUUGAAUUCCCUCCAGAUGACAUUGAAGUUGUUUAUAGUCCUAGGGACUGUAGAACCCUUGUUUCAGCUGUACCUGAAGAAAGUGAAAUGGAUCCACAUGUUAGAGAUUGUAUAAGAAGUUAUACAGAAGACUGGGCAAUUGUGAUCAGAAAAUAUCAUAAACUGGGAACAGGAUUUAAUCCUAAUACAUUAGAUAAACAGAAAGAAAGGCAAAAAGGUUUGCCAAAACAGGUCUUUGAAUCUGAUGAAGCUCCAGAUGGCAACAACUACCAGGAUGAGCAAGAUGAUCUUAAAAGACGUUCAAUGUCAAUAGAUGAUACUCCAAGGGGUAGCUGGGCCUGCAGUAUUUUUGACUUGAAAAAUUCACUUCCUGAUGCUCUGCUUCCUAAUUUACUUGAUCGAACACCCAAUGAAGAAAUAGACCGUCAGAAUGAUGACCAAAGGAAAUCAAACCGUCACAAGGAACUCUUUGCUCUGCACCCAUCACCAGAUGAGGAAGAGCCAAUAGAACGACUUAGUGUUCCUGAUGUGCCCAAAGAGCAUUUUGGUCAAAGACUUCUUGUAAAAUGUUUAUCACUCAAGUUUGAGAUUGAAAUUGAACCUAUUUUUGCAAGUUUGGCUUUAUAUGAUGUCAAGGAAAAGAAAAAGAUUUCAGAAAACUUUUAUUUUGACCUUAAUUCUGAGCAGAUGAAAGGAUUAUUACGUCCCCAUGUACCACCUGCUGCCAUUACCACUUUGGCAAGAUCAGCUAUUUUUUCUAUCACUUAUCCUUCCCAAGAUGUUUUUCUUGUAAUAAAGUUAGAAAAAGUCCUACAGCAAGGUGACAUCGGAGAGUGUGCAGAACCUUAUAUGAUUUUUAAAGAAGCAGAUGCCACAAAGAAUAAGGAAAAAUUGGAGAAGCUGAAAAGUCAAGCUGAUCAGUUUUGUCAAAGACUUGGGAAAUAUCGCAUGCCUUUUGCUUGGACUGCAAUCCAUUUAAUGAAUAUUGUUAGCAGUGCGGGGAGUUUGGAAAGAGAUUCUACAGAGGUGGAAAUAAGCACUGGAGAACGAAAAGGGUCUUGGUCAGAGAGGAGGAAUUCUAGCAUUGUUGGCAGACGAUCACUCGAAAGAACAACAAGUGGAGAUGAUGCUUGUAACUUGACCAGCUUUCGACCUGCUACUCUCACAGUGACGAAUUUUUUUAAGCAGGAAGGAGACCGCUUAAGUGAUGAAGAUCUGUACAAAUUUCUUGCUGAUAUGAGAAGGCCAUCUUCUGUUUUACGGCGACUAAGACCUAUUACAGCUCAGCUGAAGAUAGACAUUUCUCCUGCACCUGAAAAUCCCCACUAUUGCCUAACUCCAGAGCUGCUUCAGGUGAAGCUUUACCCAGACAGUAGAGUUAGACCUACCAGAGAAAUUUUGGAGUUUCCUGCCAGGGAUGUCUAUGUUCCAAACACUACUUACAGAAAUCUUCUCUACAUAUACCCUCAGAGUCUCAACUUUGCCAAUCGUCAGGGUUCUGCAAGAAAUAUAACAGUGAAAGUACAGUUCAUGUAUGGGGAGGAUCCAAGCAAUGCUAUGCCGGUAAUCUUUGGUAAAUCUAGCUGUUCAGAAUUUUCAAAGGAAGCCUAUACAGCCGUAGUAUAUCAUAACAGGUCUCCUGAUUUUCAUGAAGAAAUCAAGGUUAAACUCCCUGCUACUUUAACUGACCAUCAUCAUUUGCUUUUUACUUUUUAUCAUGUUAGUUGUCAGCAAAAACAAAAUACUCCUCUUGAAACUCCUGUUGGAUAUACAUGGAUACCAAUGCUUCAGAAUGGACGAUUAAAGACUGGGCAGUUUUGCCUACCAGUUUCACUGGAAAAACCACCACAAGCUUAUUCUGUACUAUCUCCUGAGGUUCCUCUGCCUGGCAUGAAAUGGGUAGAUAAUCACAAAGGUGUUUUUAAUGUGGAAGUUGUUGCUGUUUCAUCUAUCCAUACACAAGAUCCUUAUCUUGACAAGUUUUUUGCUCUGGUUAAUGCUCUGGACGAACACAUGUUCCCAGUCCGAAUUGGAGACAUGCGAAUCAUGGAAAAUAACUUAGAAAACGAACUGAAGAGCAGUAUUUCAGCACUGAAUUCAUCUCAGUUGGAACCAGUGGUCCGAUUUCUUCAUCUUCUGCUUGAUAAACUGAUACUUUUAGUUGUUAGACCUCCUGUCAUUGCUGGCCAAAUAGUUAAUCUAGGUCAAGCAUCUUUUGAAGCCAUGGCAUCAAUUAUUAAUCGGCUUCACAAAAACUUGGAAGGAAAUCAUGACCAGCAUGGCAGGAACAGCCUUCUCGCAUCAUACAUCUAUUAUGUUUUUCGCCUACCGAAUACUUAUCCUAAUUCCCCAUCACCAGGUCCUGGGGGUUUGGGAGGAUCAGUGCAUUAUGCCACAAUGGCUCGAUCUGCUGUGAGACCUGCAAGCCUUAAUUUAAAUCGUUCUCGGAGCCUUAGUAAUAGUAAUCCAGACAUAUCUGGGACGCCCACGUCACCAGAUGAUGAAGUACGGUCAAUCAUCGGCAGUAAGGGUUUAGAUCGCUCCAAUUCCUGGGUUAACACUGGUGGUCCAAAAGCUGCCCCAUGGGGAUCCAACCCCAGUCCAAGUGCAGAGUCAACACAGGCUAUGGAUCGAAGUUGUAAUCGUAUGUCUUCGCACACAGAGACGUCAAGUUUCUUACAAACAUUAACGGGACGCUUACCAACUAAAAAGCUUUUUCAUGAGGAGCUGGCUUUGCAGUGGGUGGUUUGCAGUGGCAGCGUUCGGGAGUCAGCUUUGCAACAAGCCUGGUUCUUUUUUGAGUUAAUGGUAAAGAGCAUGGUGCACCAUUUAUACUUUAAUGAUAAACUUGAUGCACCAAGGAAAAGUCGUUUUCCAGAACGAUUCAUGGAUGACAUUGCUGCUCUUGUCAGCACAAUUGCUAGUGAUAUAGUUUCACGAUUUCAGAAGGACACAGAAAUGGUUGAGAGACUCAACACAAGCCUUGCAUUCUUUCUCAACGAUCUGCUGUCUGUUAUGGAUAGAGGAUUUGUCUUUAGCCUUAUUAAGACCUGCUACAAACAGGUAUCUUCAAAGCUUUAUUCAUUACCAAAUCCAAGUGUCCUCGUGUCCUUGAGACUGGAUUUUCUGCGAAUUGUCUGCAGCCAUGAGCACUAUGUUACAUUAAACUUGCCCUGCAGCCUGCUUACUCCACCUGCAUCACCAUCACCUUCUGUUUCUUCUGCAACAUCUCAGAGUUCUGGAUUUUCCACAAACGUACAAGACCAGAAGAUUGCAAAUAUGUUUGAAUUGUCUGUGCCUUUUCGCCAACAGCAUUAUUUGGCAGGACUUGUGUUAACAGAGCUGGCUGUCAUUUUAGACCCUGAUGCUGAAGGACUGUUUGGAUUGCACAAGAAAGUCAUCAAUAUGGUACACAAUUUACUAUCCAGUCACGACUCAGACCCACGGUACUCUGACCCCCAGAUAAAGGCUAGGGUGGCCAUGUUGUAUCUACCUCUGAUUGGCAUUAUCAUGGAAACUGUUCCUCAGCUGUAUGACUUUACAGAAACUCACAAUCAAAGAGGAAGACCAAUUUGUAUAGCCACUGAUGACUAUGAGAGUGAGAGCGGAAGCAUGAUAAGCCAGACAGUUGCCAUGGCAAUUGCAGGAACAUCAGUCCCUCAGCUAACCAGGCCCGGCAGUUUCCUCCUCACAUCAUCGAGUGGUAGGCAACACACUACCUUUUCAGCAGAAUCGAGUCGGAGCCUUUUGAUUUGUCUACUUUGGGUUCUCAAGAAUGCAGAUGAGACAGUUCUACAAAAGUGGUUCACAGAUCUCUCAGUCCUACAGCUAAACCGGCUAUUAGAUUUGCUUUAUCUCUGCGUAUCUUGCUUUGAGUACAAAGGAAAGAAAGUGUUUGAAAGAAUGAAUAGUUUGACCUUUAAGAAAUCAAAAGACAUGAGAGCAAAGCUUGAAGAAGCUAUUCUUGGGAGCAUAGGUGCUAGGCAAGAAAUGGUGCGCCGAAGCCGAGGACAGCUUGGUACGUACACAUUAUCUUCUCCUUCUGAGAGAAGCCCAUCUGGAAGUGCCUUUGGAAGUCAAGAAAAUCUGAGGUGGAGAAAGGAUAUGACUCACUGGCGUCAAAACACUGAGAAGCUUGACAAAUCAAGAGCAGAGAUUGAGCAUGAAGCACUGAUUGAUGGAAAUCUGGCUACUGAAGCAAACCUAAUCAUUUUGGAUACAUUAGAGAUUGUUGUCCAGACGGUUUCUGUAACAGAAUCCAAAGAGAGCAUCCUUGGUGGGGUGCUAAAAGUCCUACUGCAUAGCAUGGCCUGUAACCAAAGUGCAGUUUAUCUACAACACUGUUUCGCUACACAGAGAGCCCUGGUUUCAAAGUUCCCUGAACUCUUGUUUGAAGAAGAAACAGAGCAGUGUGCUGACUUAUGCCUCCGGCUUCUCCGACACUGUAGCAGCAGCAUUAGUACAAUACGGUCACAUGCCAGUGCCUCACUGUACCUACUUAUGAGACAGAACUUUGAAAUUGGUAAUAACUUUGCUAGGGUUAAAAUGCAGGUAACCAUGUCACUGUCUUCCUUGGUGGGCACAUCUCAAAAUUUUAAUGAGGAAUUCUUAAGACGUUCUCUAAAGACUAUAUUGACGUAUGCUGAAGAAGAUCUGGAAUUGAGGGAAACAACAUUUCCUGAUCAGGUUCAAGAUUUGGUUUUCAAUCUCCAUAUGAUUCUUUCUGAUACUGUUAAAAUGAAGGAACACCAGGAAGAUCCUGAAAUGUUGAUUGAUCUAAUGUACAGAAUUGCCAAGGGCUACCAGACCUCUCCAGAUCUGCGAUUGACCUGGUUGCAGAACAUGGCUGGCAAACACUCAGAACGCAGCAAUCAUGCUGAAGCUGCCCAGUGCCUUGUCCACUCCGCAGCCCUUGUUGCUGAGUAUUUGAGCAUGCUGGAGGACCGCAAAUACCUUCCUGUGGGAUGUGUAACAUUUCAGAAUAUUUCCUCCAAUGUUUUAGAAGAAUCUGCAGUCUCAGAUGACGUGGUAUCUCCAGAUGAAGAAGGUAUCUGCUCUGGAAAGUACUUUACUGAGACAGGACUCGUGGGAUUACUGGAACAAGCAGCUGCUUCUUUCUCUAUGGCUGGCAUGUAUGAAGCAGUAAACGAGGUUUACAAAGUACUUAUUCCUAUUCAUGAAGCUAAUCGGGAUGCAAAGAAACUAUCCACAAUUCAUGGUAAACUUCAAGAAGCAUUCAGCAAAAUUGUUCAUCAGAGUACUGGCUGGGAGCGGAUGUUUGGCACCUAUUUUCGUGUUGGUUUUUAUGGAACCAAGUUCGGGGAUUUGGAUGAACAGGAAUUUGUCUACAAGGAGCCUGCAAUAACCAAACUUGCGGAGAUCUCUCACAGAUUGGAGGGAUUUUAUGGAGAAAGAUUUGGAGAGGAUGUGGUUGAAGUAAUCAAGGACUCUAAUCCUGUAGACAAGUGUAAAUUAGAUCCUAACAAGGCAUACAUUCAGAUUACCUAUGUGGAGCCAUACUUUGACACAUAUGAGAUGAAAGACAGAAUCACCUAUUUUGACAAAAAUUAUAAUCUUCGCCGUUUCAUGUACUGUACGCCCUUCACUUUAGAUGGCCGUGCCCAUGGGGAACUUCAUGAACAAUUCAAACGGAAGACCAUUCUGACUACUUCUCAUGCCUUUCCUUAUAUUAAAACAAGGGUCAAUGUCACUCACAAGGAGGAGAUCAUCUUAACCCCAAUUGAAGUUGCUAUUGAAGAUAUGCAGAAAAAGACUCAGGAGUUGGCAUUUGCAACACAUCAGGAUCCAGCAGACCCCAAAAUGCUUCAGAUGGUGCUCCAGGGGUCUGUAGGCACAACAGUGAAUCAGGGGCCUUUGGAAGUUGCCCAGGUUUUUCUAUCUGAAAUACCCAGUGAUCCAAAACUCUUCAGACAUCAUAAUAAACUACGACUGUGCUUCAAAGAUUUUACUAAAAGGUGUGAGGAUGCAUUAAGAAAAAAUAAGAGCUUAAUUGGGCCAGAUCAAAAGGAGUAUCAAAGGGAACUGGAGAGAAACUAUCAUCGCCUUAAAGAGGCCUUACAGCCUCUGAUAAACCGAAAGAUCCCUCAGUUAUACAAGGCAGUAUUACCUGUCACCUGCCACAGAGAUUCCUUCAGUCGGAUGAGCCUGCGCAAAAUGGAUCUUUGAAAUAAAUGCACUUGUCUUACUCAUUUGAAAAGAGCCAUGUAUUCAACAUUGAGUGUGGAAAGAAGUUAAGAUCUACUGAAAGACAAGACUUGGGACUUGGAAAUUCUAGCAUUAAUUUACUACUCAUUGAAGAAUGCAGUGGCCAAAACAUUAUCAAAUGUAGAUCACUGAAGUUUGAGAAUCAUGGCCAUGGUUUCUCAUGUUCUGGUAAUAUGCUGUUAUCUUUUUUUAAAGACUCAAAAGUAAUGACUCACUAUACAUUUACUAUUAUUUAUACCAUAGCUAAUGUUAAAUUUAUUUACUUUAAGUUUGUAUUUUUUAAUUUAUAUUACCAUUUAUAGAUUCAUUUUGGAACCAUUUUAAAUGUAGUAAUGCUUAUUUUAAAGGUACUAUUAAAUAUGUGAACGUUUACACUAA